AUGGGUCUCAACCCAUCCUACCACUUCAAACGUCAGGUGAGAGCCCCAAUGCACACCCACAUGAGUCUCAACACAUCCUACCACUUCAAACGGCAGGUGAGAGCCCCAAUGCACACCCACAUGAGUCUCAACACAUCGUACCACUUCAAACGUCAGGUGACCGCCUCAAUGCACACCCACAUGAGUCUCAACACAUCCUACCACUUCAAACGUCAGGUGAGAGCCUCAAUGCACACCCACAUGAGUCUCAACACAUCCCACCACUUCAAACGUCAGGUGACCGCCCCAAUGCACACCCACAUGAGUCUCAGCACAUCCUACCACUUCAAACGUCAGGUUAGAGCCCCAAUGCACACCCACAUGAGUCUCAACACAUCGUACCACUUCAAACGUCAGGUGACCGCCUCGAUGCACACCCACAUGGGUCUCAACAUAUCCUACCACUUCAAACAUCAGGUGAGAGCCCCAAUGCACACCCACAUGAGUCUCAGCACAUCCUACCACUUCAAACGUCAGGUGAGAGCCCCAAUGCACACCCACAUGAGUCUCAACACAUCCUACCCCUUCAAACGUCAGGUGAGAGCCCCAAUGCACACCCACAUGAGUCUCAGCACAUCCUACCACUUCAAACGUCAGGUGACCGCCUCAAUGCACACCCAAAUGAGUCUCAACACAUCCUACCACUUCAAACGUCAGGUGACAGCCUCAAUGCACGCCCACAUGAGUCUCAACACAUCCUACCACUUCAAACGUCUGGUACAGCCUCAAUGCACGCCCACAUGA